AAAGAAAAAGAAAAAAAAUGCCAUGUAUGUUCAUAUCAUCAUAUGUCGCGUUCCCUUUCUCUCUCUCUCCCUCUCAAAACCCUAGAACCCCUACGAAGCUCGGGACAUGGACGCGGUGGUCUCCAACGAUGAUGGCGGCGCCAACGCCCAAACCCUAACUUCUUCCGGUUGGGAUUUUCGCUGCGACUUCGAAGUUGAUUAUGGAUCGAAUGAGCAUGCGUCCAUUGUCUGUGCCGCAUUAGCUGUUGACAAGGAGCUACAACCAGACAAGGUUAAGAGGCAGAUAUCUGUUUCUGAUGGCAAGCUUGCAGUACAUUUCGAAGCGGUGGAGGCUAGGUUUCUUCGUGCAUCAUUUAGCGCAUUCGUUGAUCUUAUGAUACUUGCCACGAAGAUCAUAGAAGAAUACGGGACAGGUAGCGGCAAUCCUGAAGAGAGAUGACUCUGGUAGUGGCAUUUAUUGUUCUCGCAAUGUGGUGGGAUGGAUAAUAUGAUGGAUAAUUUGAGUAUAAUACUGCUUCUAUCUUUCUCUUUUUUUGGUCACUGAUUGGAUCAAGGGUAACCGAUUAAUGUAAUCGAACAUAAAUUUACUCUCAUCGUCUCCCUUGUUGUUAUUGUUCGCCGAAAAUGUGAGGAGGCACCCCUUUUAAGUUAUUUGGAAACUGUUCCUCGGUAUCUUUUUUUUUUUUU